AAGAAAUUAAUAUGGCUUUGAUCUUGAAGGUGUUAGCAUUGAAAGAAUUACUAAAUGUUGCAGUAGUGUUACUAGUAAUCCUCCUCCCUAGUGCUUAUGGUUUGAGCAGAGAUGAAUUCCCUUCUUACUUUGUGUUUGGUGCUUCAACUUCAGCUUACCAAGUUGAGGGUGCAGCAAAUAAAGAUGGCAGGAAGCCAAGCAUUUGGGAUACCUUCUCCCAUGCUGGAAAUGGGAAUAAGUACCAAAGUAAUGGAGAUAUUGCAUGCGACCAAUAUCACAAAUAUAAGGAAGAUGUGCAACUCAUGGCCAACAUGGGCUUAGAUGCCUAUAGAUUUUCAAUAUCAUGGUCAAGACUUAUUCCAGACGGAAAAGGAUCGGUAAAUCCAAAAGGAUUACAGUACUACAACAAUCUUAUAGAUGAAUUGAUAAGCCAUGGAAUCCAACCACAUGUUACAUUACAUCAUUGGGAUCUACCACAAAAACUUGAGGAUGAAUAUGGAGGAUGGGUUAAUCGAAGCAUUGUGAAAGAUUUCACUGCAUAUGUUGAUGUGUGCUUCAAAGAAUUUGGCGAUAGAGUUAAGUAUUGGACUACGGUGAAUGAGGGCAAUGUGUAUGCAUUGUUUGGUUAUGAUCUUGGCAACUUACCACCUCAGAGGUGUUCUCCUUCUUUUGCAGCUAAAUGCUCAAGGGGAAAUUCCUCAACUGAGCCAUAUUUGGUAGCUCAUCAUAUGUUGUUAGCACAUGCUUCAUCUGCAAGAUUGUAUAGGAAAAAAUAUAAGGGCAUGCAACAUGGAUUUAUUGGGUUUAAUCUUCUUACUUUUGGAUUUGUUCCACUGACAAAUACUAGUGAAGAUAUAAUUGCCACUCAAAGGGUCCAAGACUUCAUGAUGGGGUGGUUCCUAAACCCAUUUAUAUUUGGUGAAUAUCCUGAUAUAAUGAGAAAGAAUGCUGGAUCAAGACUUCCUUCUUUCACAAAAAAGGAAUCAAGUCUUAUAAAGGGCUCAAUGGACUUCUUAGGAAUCAACUUUUACAGCUCAUUUUAUGUUAAAAACAGUCCUGGCAUUCAACACAUAGAGGAUAGAGAUUACAUAGCAGAUAUGGAAGUGGAAACUAUAAUGCUUACAUCAAAUCAUACAUCUCCAAAUGAGAAUCCAAUUACACCAUGGAUUUUGCAAGGUGUGCUAGACUGGAUGAAGAACAAUUAUGGAAAGUUUCCAAUUUACAUACAUGAAAACGGCCAAAAAACAUUUAGUAAUUCAUCGUUGGAUGAUUGGUCUAGGGUGAAAUACUUGCAUGAAUACAUUGGGAGCAUGGCUAAUGCACUAAGGAGUGGAUCAAAUGUCAAAGGUUAUUUUGUAUGGUGCUUAUUGGAUGCGUUCGAAUUAAUGGGUGGAUAUGAAAUAAGUUAUGGCUUAUAUCACGUAGAUAUGAACGAUCCAAGUUUGAAGAGACAACCUAAACUCUCUGCUGAAUGGUACUCAAAUUUUCUUAAAGGGAAGCCUAUGGACUCAAAGAUUGCUAGUGAAAUUGAGAAGAAUCCACAUUUGCCUUCACAGACAUCUUUAUUAUAUGAUAAUUCCAAGUAAUCUCUAGUUUAGUUCAGAAUUUGUUGCUUUUUGCUACCACUUGAAUGAAUAAAAAGACAUGAUUUAUGAUGUUAACCACGAGACAUAAUAUCUUCUGUUUAUCGAUGUGACGCAAUGUACAUGUCCUAUUAUAUAUAUAUGAUGA